GUGAGCGCGGCGGCCCGGGCGCUGGAUGCGGGGGCAGCUGCGAUGGCCCCGCGCGCGGGACGGCCGGGGCAAAGGGGGCCGCUCCUGCCGGGGCUGCUGCUGGUGGCGGCGGCGCUGAGCCGGCCCGCCGCACCCUGUCCCUUCCAGUGCUACUGCUUCGGCGGCCCCAAGCUGCUGUUGCGCUGCGCGUCGGGCGCGGAGCUCCGGCAGCCGCCCCGGGACGUACCGCCCGACGCGCGCAACCUCACCAUCGUGGGCGCCAACCUGACGGUGCUGCGCGCGGCCGCCUUCGCCGGCGGGGACCGCUGCGCCGCCCCGCGGGCGCUGCAGGACCGGCCUUUCCUGGACCUGGACGAGGCGCGGCUGCGCUGCACCGACGGCGACGCCGAUGGUCGCGGGGAAGAAGUGGAAGUCGCCGGCCCGGAGCUGGAAGCCUCCUACGUCUUCUUUGGGCUGGUGCUGGCGCUCAUCGGCCUCAUCUUCCUCAUGGUGCUCUACCUAAACCGCCGCGGCAUCCAGCGCUGGAUGCGCAACUUGCGUGAGGCCUGCCGGGACCAGAUGGAGGGCUACCACUACCGUUAUGAGCAGGACGCCGACCCGCGUCGCGCGCCCGCCCCGGCCGCCCCCGCCGGUUCCCGCGCCACUUCCCCGGGCUCGGGCCUCUGAGUGUUCCCCCUUGGGGUUUGACGGCUCUCCCUGCCAGCUGAUGACUUUACUGGGAUGGCCUGGCCUGAAGCCAUGGGUAUGAGACCCCCGCGAGCUGGGGGCUUCGAGACUUGUUCCUGACCGGCCUGAGACCUUUGGAUUAUGGCAUUCCCCCCCUCCCCGGAGGCCCCAAGCUGUAACCCCUCUCCCCAACCACCGAGAGCUUUCACCAUCAAAGAUCAAGAGACACCCCCUUCUCAUUCCAGAAACCCUACCUGCCCAUCUCAGGCUCUGACACAUCCCUCCUGAACCCUCAAAAGCACCCUCCCCCUUUCGAGACUUGGCUAGGAAACUUUGUCCUUCAGUCCGAAAGCCCUAAGACUGCCUCCACCACCCUAUACUUUGAGGCCUGACCUCUCAGUGGGAAGCAUCACCCUAGACAUCCCUGACUCCCAUCUCCAGCUUGGAGACCUCAACUCCCUUCCCAGGGCUCAGGGACCCUCUCAUCCCAUUCUGGUCUCAGAAGCAGAGCACCCCUCUGAAGGCUUUUGUGGACUUUGAGCCUUUUUCUCACCCCAGAGCUCUGAGCCCUCCUAUCCUGCAGACACCCACAUCCCAGGGCUCUGAGGGUCAGGCACUCUCCCCGAAUCUGGGGAUGUAUUUCAUACUGCCCCCCACCCCAGCUCUGGCUCAGGCUCUUCCCUUCCUUGGCCCAGGACUGGGACUCACCUCCAUCUGUCUCCCAUCCCAGGGACAGUCACACCCUGUUAUAGCCUUAGUAUGGAACCGAUCCUCAGCCUUUCUCACUGGGGCUCUGAUCCCCCAAUACUCAGUGCUUAUCCCUAAUCUCAAGACUCUCAGCUGUUCACCCUGAUCAGAGUUUAAUCCCCCUGCCCAAGUCUUAGGCUCUCUAUCCCCCCUACACCCAUCGCUUGCACUCACUGGGUCAGGGUCCAGUGAGGAAUCCAUUCCUGGGGUGUGCCCACCCCCACUUUCCUCCUAGGAUGAGUUCUCCAGCCCUGCAAGACAGGUGAAGGUGCCAAGCAUCCCCCAGCCAUACUGGUAGAUCCCCAUGCAGAAGGAGAGGGUCCUAGGGGUUCAAAGUAGUUGGCUGGGCCUCAGAACCGGGGUCACCCGUACAUUGUGGCCUCAGAGAGGGGUAGGGGAGGAGGGUUUGGAGGGCUGGGAGCUGCUGCCCACAAGCUCUUUCCUGCCCAUGUGACUCUUCUUCCCUGGGGAUCCCUUGCUGCCAUGCUCCCCUCCCCCAUGCCUUUUAGAAGAGGUGAGGGGCCUCAUCUCUUGUCUCAGGCACAAGUCAUCCUGUUUAAGAUCAGAGCCUCAGUGCCCUGCCUUCUGCAUGAUCCCAAAGCACAAUUGGUGAGAGGGGAGGGGGCUGCCUCUCCCUGACUCCCAUCCCCUAGGUCAGGCAGAAGGGCUGGCCUGUGCUGCCUCUGCACACAGGAAGUCCCCCCCUUCAACAUACUGGCUUGAGGCCUGCCUUCCCACCCCCACCCAAGACAUCUGGAUCUCCCUUGGGCAGUUUUCUAUAAAGUCUGCAAUAAUCUCGGAUACUC